UAUUAGCCGCUGUGCGAGGAGAUAAUUGUUAGCAGACAAACCUAUUUGGAUAUGGCUAGAGAGUGGGCAUACCUUGUUUACUAAGGCUGUGUUUACACAGCCACCCUAUAAAUCCAAAUCAGAUGUUGUUCUCCAUAUCCCAAUUUCUUUUCGGUCUACACUUUUACAUGUGACCCACAUCAAAUUUGCGCAUUCACACGGAUGUAGCAUCUGAAGUAGCACACGGAUGGAAUGCUCAUUUUUAGUCACGGUUCCUGUAAAUAUUGGGGUGGUUGUCAUGGAAACGCUGCUGUACUUUAUCCUGUGCGCCAUGGGCCUGGUCCUCUCAUCCCUGGUCAUGGCCUUCUUUGGCCACCACUAUGCCCAGACCAACGGCUUCAGCUGCCUGGAGGUGGGCGACGACUGCGUGUGCACCCUGAACCCCCACGACCCUAUUCCCAGGACCUUCCCCUACGCUGAGGUCAGCAACUGCGGAGAGGUCACUGGCACCCUGAAGCUGUAGUAUGUGCCUUGGGGGCCUUCGUCAUGUGGAAGCACCACCAUCAAGUGUUCUUCGUGGAGCUGCAGAUGGGCUCGCCCUCCUUCCAGCACUGGUAGAAGGUCUGAUGGGAGUUGUAGGAAGAAGAGGCCCAUGAUGAUGUCAUGAUGAAGAGUUAGCCCAUGAUGAUGCCACUAUUGAGGGUAUUGAGAUAUCAGCCAAUCAGAAUCUUCACUCAUUCUUCUCGAAUGGACAGAUGUAUUACACAAAACCUUUUGGUGUGUGCAUAAGUGUGUGUUUAGGUUGUUCUCAAUCAUAUUAACAUGUUGGGGUCGUUGACGUUUUCUAUAAUGGCUUUUUAACGACUUUUAUAUACUGUGUGGAUAACUUUGUACUCGUAGUUGCCAAUGCUACAUGAGAUAUUUCUAAUAGAUGAAAAGACACCAAAGGAGUACUUGGAUGGACAGCUGGACCGUGUCAUCCGAAGAUGAAAAUGAUGUUUACAUGGCUCAUUGGCUAAUUCAGCAGGAGAGUGUCUCACUCCCUUCAAUAGUGAAGACAGUAUGCAAAAUUAGUUGUCUCAAGUUGAGAGAUUUGCCUUAUGUAAAAAUCAACUUUUGUGAUUCAUAAAUCACACGACACAACCGGAGACAAGAGCAGAAUGAGAAAGAGAAACAUGAUGCAUUAGCGUUAACUAGUGGUGGGUUGUAAUAUGGUAUUUACUGUACAAUGCAGAUACUAUGGUCAACUCUUUGUACAUACUACAUGAAGAGAAGGGUUUGAAAACUGAGAAAUCUGUUUCAUCUUCAAUAGAUACCUUUUUACUGGGGAUAAGUGGUGAUCUUUUAAGUAAUGUACAUGUACAUUAAGGAAAAAACGACUGCCAAUGUCCAUUUUCUAUGCUUUUUAGCUUAUAUUCAUAUUGAAUAAAUACUUUGAAUAAAUGGUGUUG